ACUUCUGUUCCCCAAGCUCAAUAGCCGCAACGCCUUUUCCUCCAUCAUUCUCUUCUUCUCUGGUCAAGGCCAUCACAGUCUUAACUCUCUCUCUCUCUCUCUCUCUCUCUCACUUUUUCUGUGUUCUCCAAUUCCUCUGUGUGUGUGUGAGAUGCAGUAAGGGUUUAUGCAACCCUCUAUUUCUAUUUCUCUCUCUCAGGGUGUUUUCUCAUCUGUGUCUUAUGCUUCCUCCCCGUUAUUAUCCUUCUCAAUAAAUAGUCUAGCUAGCCGCCCUCAAAUAUCAAUGGAAAUUUUGGACACCGAAAUUGAUCCUCUGAACCUGAAAGCAAAGGAGGAGAGAAAUAAAAAGAAAAGAUGAAAAGUCUAUUGUGAAUCCUUUUUGGAGCUCGGAACUCAUCAGGGACAUCCUCCUCGGUGAUGGUCUCUAUUCGAGGAGAAUUAGAUGAUUUCUGGCGGCGAGAGAUUUAGAGGGCUGGUGCGACUUCGCCCAUAAAGUGGUUUCACUCCAAUCACUGGCAGUCCUCCACUCAUUCAGCCACUACUUGUCCCUCUCUGGAGGGAGGGAGGGAGGCGAGGCAAAUCAAAUGGAUGGGUAGGCCUCUCUUAAGAUACUUGUGUUGUUCACCACGUAUUAUUAAUGGAAGUAUCUACAGAACCGGUUCCAUGCUUUACUGCACAGCUGUCGCUAAUAUAACUGGUGCCAAAUCUAGUGACGAAUUCAUCGAUCUCUGUUCCAAUGGAAACUUGAAAGAGGCAUUCCAAAGAUUUCGGACGGAGAUCUGGUCAGACCCACCUCUGUUUUCUCACCUAUUACAAGGAUGCAUUCUCUUGCAGUCGCUUUCCCUAGGCGUGCAGCUCCAUUCUUUGGUCAUCACCUCUGGUUGUUCUGCCGACAGAUUUAUAUCCAAUCAUCUCCUCAACCUAUACUCCAAAUGCGGAAAGUUACAGGCUGCAAUGGCAUUGUUCAAUGUGAUGCCGAGGAAGAAUGUCAUGUCCUCGAACAUCUUGAUUGGUGGGUUCAUUCAAAAUGGUGAUUUAGAAAAUGCCUGUAAGGUGUUUGAAGAAAUGCCUGAAAGAAAUCUUGCAACCUGGAAUGCUAUGGUUACUGGAUUUACCCAUUUUGAAUUCAAUGAAGAGGGGUUGGAUUUGUUCUCUCAGAUGCACAAAAUGGGAUUCUCCCCGGACGAAUUCACUCUUGGAAGUGUUCUCAGAGGCUGUGCUGGUUUGAGAGUGCUGAAUACUGGGCAGCAGAUCCAUGGUUAUGCGACAAAGUCUGGGUUCGAGUGUAAUUUGGUUGUUGGGAGUUCUCUGGCUCAUAUGUACAUGAAAUGUGGAAAUAUGCAGGAUGGGGAGAGAGUGUUCAAGGGGAUGCCUGUUCAUAAUGUAGUGGCCUGCAAUACCCUUAUUGCAGGAAGGGCUCAAAAUGGGUGCUCUGAAGGAGCUCUAAAUCACUUUAAUCUGAUGAGGAUGGCAGGAUUCAGACCAGACAAGGUUACCUUUGUAAGUGUAAUCAGUUCAUGUUCAGAAUUGGCCACUCUUGGGCAAGGCCAGCAGGUACAUGCUGUAGCAAUCAAGGCUGGGGCUGAUUCUGCGUUGUCUGUGUUAAGUUCACUGGUUAGCAUGUACUCAAGGUGUGGGUGCAUCAUAGACUCUGUAAGGGCUUUCUUGGAAUGUGAAGAGGCAGAUGUUGUCUUGUGGAGCUCAAUGAUUGCAGCUUUUGGGUUCCAUGGCCAGGGCCAAGAAGCGAUCCAGUUGUUCGAGCAGAUGGAGAACGUAGGAUUGGAGCCGAAUGAUGUUACUUUCUUGAGCUUACUCUAUGCUUGUAGUCACAGUGGAUUGAAGGAAAAAGGAACUGAAUUCUUUGAGUUGAUGGUGAAUAAGUAUAAAGUGAAGCCUAGACUGGAGCACUAUACUUGUAUGGUCGAUCUCCUUGGGCGCUUUGGAUGUUUGGAGGAAGCAGAAGCUUUGAUUCGAUCAAUGCCCAUAAAACCAGAUGGAAUCAUCUGGAAUACUUUGUUGUCUGCCUGUAAAAUCCACAAAAACACAGAUAUGGCAAGAAGGAUUGCUGAAGACGUACUUAAGCUUGAACCACAGGAUUCUGCCCCCUAUGUCUUGCUAUCAAACAUCCAUGCUUCUGCUAAGAGUUGGGGGGAUGUCUCAAACGUGAGGAAAGCCAUGAGAGAGAGGCAGGUGAAGAAGGAGCCUGGAGUAAGUUGGUUGGAAGUGAAGAACCAAGUGCAUCAAUUCUGUAUGGGUGAUCAAUCUCAUCCAAAAUGGAUGGAGAUCGAUGGCUAUCUAAAAGAACUGAUUUUGGAGAUGAAGGAACGAGGUUAUCUGCCGGAUACCAGCUCUGUUUUGCAUGACAUGGAGGUUGAAGAAAAGGAGUACAGCUUGGCUCACCACAGUGAGAAACUGGCAAUUGCUUUUGCUCUCUUGAGGACUCCUGCAGGUGCUCCAAUCAGAGUCAUGAAGAACUUGCGUGUCUGUAAUGAUUGCCAUGUAGCAAUCAAGUUCAUUUGUGAGAUCACUGCCCGAGAAAUUAUUGUUCGAGAUGCUAGUCGAUUUCACCACUUCAAAGAUGGGAAAUGUUCUUGUAGAGAUUAUUGGUGAGCAUGGGCUGAAUUGCCGACACUUUUUCUAGGGGUAAAGUCAAAUGGACAGAAUGAGGAAUGCUGCUCGUAUUCGAGCUCAAUUCGAGAGAGUUGGGGAAGAUGCUAAUCUCUACGAGGCUGUGAAGAAGGUUCUUCUGCAGAUUGUACAAGUACUAGCAACAGACAUCAUGUUUCAUCCCUUAUCCCAUUCCUUUGAUUGUUUGAGCUGCAUAAAACAAACUUGUUAUGUUAAAAGGUAUCAUGGGUCAAGAUGGGAAAUGGAAUGCAGUUGCUAUCCUCCAGCUUUGACUUGCAUAUCCAAGGUGGAUUUGGGUACGUAAACCAUUUGAUGUGUCAAUUUUGAUGAAUUACCUGGGUCCAAACACCAGACACAGAACAGUAUGAAGCUAGUUUUGUCCUGCGCUAUGUGGGUUGGAUCUGGGGAACCAUACGACAUGUCCCACCUAGGAAAACUAUGUUAAUAAUUUUCCUAAUUAGAGAAUCGAAACAUUUAAUUUGAAGUUCCCUGAAACCACCAUUUUGAGCUGUUAGAAUGAUUAAAGACUUGGUGGAGUGAAAUUGCAAGAACCAGGAUCAUUUAGCCAAUACCAAAAUAUUUGCAAUAGGGCAUUAAUGAAUUGGUGAGAAUGCUUUAGAAUCAAUCAUGCAUUGUUUCUAUGAUGGCACGAUGACUUUGAACAUCUAAUGUUUGAACUGUACAGCUGUCAACUGAGGAGCUGACUAGACAUAUGCAUGUACGUAGUUUAGUGGUAUUUCUUAUGGACCCUUUGCUCUUAUUUAUUUCCUUUAGUUGCAGCUGACUUUGAAGGAAAUUGCAAUGCCUCCGAGAAGCAUACAGUGCAAGUAAACAGAUUUGCCAUUGGAGAAGAAGAAAGCUCCGGUUGGUCCAAAGAAGUCAAAGCGUGAGAAGUUGGAGAAAUUAGAGGGCCUUAAGCUAGCAUCUACUCCGUACAUUCUGAAAUGUGUGAACCAUUGAAAACAUCGUUGGUUCUGACCUUGUACAGUAUAAUGUGUUUAUAACUGUAAUUCUUUCUCAUUUUCAUCUGUUUUUUGUUUCA